ACGGCUUUCAAUUUGGUAUAUAUACAAAAACAUUAACACCUCUAUCAUAUACCAUCAUCGCCACCGCACCGACCAAAUCUCUUUCUUUCAGGUCACGGCUAUGGGUCCCAGAAACUGUAUUAUUAAUUGACGGUUUUUCGCUCGUCUGUGAUAGCGUAUCCUGCAUUUUGCCGUGACACUAGCCCUUUUCCUUAUUUCUAUACGAAACAAAUUCUGACAUGGUUUUGCCAACCGCCUAAGCAAAAAAUCAGUUCUUUUUUUCUAAUAAUUUUCUUUUAUUUUCCAAAAAAUCCGACGAGAAAAUUUUUUGUGGAAAUUUUGUUCCAAGUCUCUGAUUUUGCUGGAAAGUUUUGGCUAUCAGGAAUCUAGGUAUCACUGCCUUAAAUGGUUUCUCCAUCUGCCUAGCAGAUGUUAGAUCUAUCUUGUCGACUGCUUUAGGAGAUCAGUUGAAAGCUAUUGAAAAGUGGUUGAAAGCAAGCAUUUGGAGGCACAGAAUUUGCUUCAGUGACGUUUAUUUUUCUGGAGUAGCGUGUUCAUUUUAUCAAGCCGGCUAUACAUAUCAACCUGUUAAAUAGCAUUGUUGUAUGGUCCUGCUCCAUGGAAUGGAGGGGGGCUUUUUGGUCUUUGUUUUUCAUUUUCACGCUGGUAGAAUCCACAAGUAAUUCAGGGAAAGUUUGGACAUUAAAUCUGGGUGCAGAUUCUCUUGUAAAUAUCAGCUGGCCAAUUUUCAGUGCUAGCAUAUUUGUGCUUGUUGCUCUUGUCCUGUCGACAUACCUUAUCUUUGAGCAUUUAGCUGCUUACAGUCUGCCUGAGGAGCAAAAGUUUCUUAUUGGACUCAUCCUGAUGGUUCCCGUCUAUUCUCUAGAAUCGUUUUUAUCAUUGUUGGAUUCAAGUGCUGCAUUCAACUGUGAAGCAAUUAGGGACUGCUAUGAAGCUUUUGCAUUGUAUUGCUUUGAGAGAUAUCUGAUAGCUUGCUUAGGUGGUGAGGAAAGUACGAUUGAGUUCAUGGAAAGUCAGGGCCUGAGUACUUCUACUACACCUCUUUUGGAGGAGUCUUAUGCAUAUGGAGUUGUUGAGCAUCCUUUUCCACUGAAUUGCUUUCUCAGGGACUGGCAACUGGGUCCUGACUUCUAUCAUGCUGUGAAAGUGGGCAUUGUGCAAUAUAUGAUAUUAAAGAUGAUCUGUGCGCUCUUAGCGAUGAUUCUUGAGGCUUUUGGGGUUUAUGGAGAAGGCAAAUUUGAGUGGAGAUAUGGCUAUCCAUACUUGGCAGUUGUUCUUAAUUUCAGCCAGAGCUGGGCCCUAUAUUGCCUCGUGCAGUUUUAUUCUGUCAUUAAAGACAAGUUAGCACCUAUUCAACCGCUGGCCAAGUUUCUGACAUUCAAAUCAAUUGUCUUCCUGACAUGGUGGCAAGGUGUUGCUGUUGCAUUUCUUUUCUCCAUGGGGCUCUUCAGAGGAUCUUUGGCUCAGGAGCUGAAAACACGUAUACAAGACUACAUCAUCUGCAUAGAGAUGGGUAUUGCAGCUGUAGUGCAUCUUUAUGUCUUCCCUGCUGUUCCGUACAAGCAUGGAGAGAGAUGUGUUCGAAAUGUAGCUGUGAUGACUGACUAUGCAUCUAUAGGAUCACCUCCAGACCCAGAAGAAGUUCGAGAUUGUGAAAGAUACAGCAGGAUGCACCUUGCUUGGCAUGAGGAGAGAGAAAAGCGAUUGAAUUUCCCCCAGAGUGUUCGUGAUGUGGUCCUUGGUAGUGGUGAAAUUAUUGUUGAUGACAUGAAGUACACAGUUUCACAUGUUGUGGAGCCAGUUGAAAGGGGAAUUGCUAAAAUAAACAAAACCUUCCAUCAGAUUUCUGAAAAUAUGAAACGCCACGAAAAGCGAAUAAGGAGCUGUAAGGAUGACAAUUAUCUUGUCCCCUUGAAUUCAUGGACUAAGGAAUUUUCUGAAGCUCAUGAGAACAUCCUUGAAGGCAGUGUCAGUGACAGCGGUUUGUGUAAUAGCAAGAGAUUCUCCCAUCAAUCUAGAGCCACCUCAUCAACGGCAAGGACUGACUGACAAUAUCCGAAGUGAAGCAAUACAUGAAUGUGGAAUAACAGUUCAAAUGGCAUGUUUGAAUUGAUCAUUGCCUUUGAGAAACAUCAAUGUUCUUGAUGAGUUGGUAAAGUUCCAUAUUUCUUGGUCCAUUUCCUCACACGAUAAUUUGUUUCAAGGGUGAAGAACUCAGCGGCACAACCUUGAUUUUCUAACUCAACUUGUACAGAGAAGUUGCUACAGAUACUAUCAACCACGGAAGCACGUUAAAAUUUUGCUGCAGAAUUGAAAAAAAGAACAAAGACAUUCCCAUUGUAAAUUGAAAACUACUACUGAUGAUGUCUUCAUUAGCCCUUAUCUGCCAAUAAAAUGAACAGCGAUCCUGCCUCUUUGUGUACAA